AGCGUUUCGCGGGAAAACUAGAGCCUCGCUGGAUUUUCGCGCCAGUCGGUCAGCGGCCAUAACGUGAGACCCGGGCUGAUUCCUCACCUGCUUGUCUGUACUCCCUGCACUAAAUAAAAAAACCGAGAGGAAUGGCGGCUCCAGGGACUGUGGAGGUCGACGACCAGGAGUUGCGGGACGCUCAGCGUGAAUACCUCGACUUCCUGGACGAUGAGGAAGAUCAGGGCAUUUACCAGAGCAAAGUGCGGGACAUGAUCAGUGACAGCCAUUACCGGCUGAUCGUCAAUGUCAAUGAUCUCCGCAGGAAGAACGAGAAGAGGGCGCACCAGCUCAUGAACAACGCCUUCGAGGGACUCAUCGCCUUCAAACGAGCUCUGAAGGACUUUGUUGCCUCCAUUGAUGCCACUUAUGCCAAACAGUACGAGGAGUUCCAUAUUGGUCUGGAAGGAAGCUUUGGCGCGAAACAUGUCACACCCCGGACACUAACGUCACGGUUCCUGGGCUCUAUGGUGUGUGUGGAGGGGAUUGUGACUAAGUGUUCCCUGGUUCGCCCUAAGGUGGUGCGCAGUGUCCAUUACUGUCCAGCAACAAAGAAGACGAUAGAGCGGAAGUACACAGACAUGACCAGUCUGGAUGCGUUUCCGUCCAGCGCCAUUUAUCCCACCAAGGAUGAGGAGAACAACCCGCUGGAGACAGAGUACGGCCUCUCCCUGUACAAGGACCACCAGACCAUCAGCAUUCAGGAGAUGCCAGAGAAGGCUCCUGCCGGUCAGCUGCCACGCUCUGUGGACAUCAUCCUGGACGAUGACCUGGUGGACAAGGUGAAGCCUGGGGACCGUGUGCAGAUUAUUGGGACCUACCGCUGCUUACCGUCCAAGCAGAAUGGCUACACGUCAGCCUCCUUCAGGACUGUAAUGAUCGCCUGCAACGUGGUGCAAAUGAGCAAGGAGGUGGCCCCGGUCUUCUCCGCCGACGACCUGAACAAAAUUAAGAAGUUCAGCAGGACGCACUCCAAGGAUGUGUUUGAGCAGCUGGCCCGCUCGCUGGCCCCCAGUAUUCAUGGCCACCAGUACAUUAAGAAGGCCAUCCUGUGCAUGCUGCUGGGAGGGGUGGAGAAGGUUCUGGAGAACGGAACCAGGAUCCGAGGAGACAUAAACCUGCUGCUGAUAGGUGAUCCUUCUGUAGCGAAGUCCCAGCUCCUGCGGUACGUGCUGUGCACUGCCCCCCGCGCUAUCGCCACCACCGGCAGAGGGUCGUCAGGAGUGGGUUUAACCGCAGCAGUCACUACUGAUCAGGAGACGGGGGAGAGAAGAUUGGAGGCCGGUGCCAUGGUGCUGGCUGAUAGGGGCGUGGUCUGCAUCGACGAGUUCGACAAGAUGUCUGACUUGGAUCGAACGGCCAUCCAUGAGGUCAUGGAGCAGGGUCGCGUCACUAUUGCUAAAGCUGGCAUUCACGCCAGGUUAAAUGCACGCUGCAGUGUGCUGGCUGCAGCCAAUCCCGUCUAUGGAAGGUAUGAUCAGUACAAAACUCCCAUGGACAACAUCGGCCUUCAGGACUCGCUGCUUUCCCGUUUUGAUCUCCUGUUUAUCAUGCUGGAUCAGAUGGAUCCAGAGCAGGACAGGGAGAUCUCUGACCACGUUCUGCGUAUGCACCGCUACAGAGCCACCGGGGAACAAGAUGGAGAUGCCAUGCCCCUGGGCAGUUCUGUGGACAUCCUCUCCACCAAUGACCCCAACGUCAGCCACGAGGAGCAGCAGGAAUUGCAGGUUUACGAGAAGCACGACAGUCUCCUGCAUGGCGUGAAGAAAAAGCGGGAGAAGAUUGUUAGCGUGGAGUUCAUGCGCAAGUACAUCCACGUGGCUAAGAUAUUCAAGCCAGUGCUCACCUCCGAAGCUGCAAAUUACAUUGCAGAGGAGUAUUCUCGUCUGAGGAACCAGGACCAGAUGAGCAGCGACGUGGCCCGGACCUCUCCGGUGACUGCUCGUACCUUGGAGACCCUGAUCCGUCUCUCCACCGCUCACGCUAAAGUGCGAAUGAGCAAAACUGUGCAGCUGCAGGACGCAGAGGCGGCAGUGGAACUUGCCCAGUAUGCUUACUUCAAGAAGGUGCUGGAGAAAGAGAAGAAACGAAGGAAGAGGGACGAGGACUCUGAUGCAGAGGAAGAAGAGCAGCAGCCAGCGUCUACGGACAGGAAAACCAGGAAGAAGAGGAAAACAGGGACGGAAGGAGAGUCGCAUGACCCCUAUGACUUCAGUGAUGCAGAAGAGACUCCUGAUGUUCAUUCACCAAAGCCACAACCAAGCCAAAAGGCUGAAUCCUCUGAGGAGACCGGAUUGUCGGGGGAGAGGCUGAAGGAUUUCAAGGCCGCCCUCCUCGACGCCUUCAAAACUGCCCACGCCCAGUCCAUCGCCAUGCCGAGCCUCAUGACCUCCAUUAACAAGAAUAACGAGAAUCCCUUCUCAGAUGGGGAGGUGAAGGCUGCGCUGGAGCUUAUGGAGGAAGCAAACCAUAUCAUGGUUUCUGAAAACAUUGUGUUCUUAAUCUAAUGGACUAAUGUUAAAAGCAGAAUGAGUGGCCGCAGGGUGUUAGAUGGCCACCCGUGUUCUGCGUCCCUUGUGUGGGAAACGCUUUAAUGUAGAGCAGGUUCUACAUUGUUACAAGUGUCUAUACUGCAUUACACGUUACGUGUAGUUUAGGCAGGGAUGCUCAACCUGCGGCCCUUCAGUUGUUGUAAAACUACAACUCCCAUCACUGCCUGCUGUAGGCUUUCCUGGCAUGCUGGGAGUUGUAGUUUUGCAACAGCUGGAGGGCUGCAGGUUGGCCAUACCUGAGUUUAAGGAGUCAUUUACGAAGAGCGCUAAGGCUGAGUUUUGGCGCAAAAAGUUGCAAGACCCCGAUUGUGCGACUUGAUAAAUUUGUUGCACAGGUGUUUAAUGCCAUCGUUGCCACUUGGGAGUGAUGGGGUGUGGUGGGGGCAGGGUCGUCAAGCCCUGCUAAGAGUAGUUGUUUUUACUCCAGGUGCUUGGACUUCCGGAGGUGCGCCUAAUUUGAUAAAUCCUGAGCUUUCUUCGCCAAUGUCAGUCUUUGUAAAUUACCCCGUGUGUCUAGUGCAAAGUCUAAUGGGGAGGGACAUGAAUUUUUUUUCUUUUGAAUUUAAGUCAUGCUUCACCCCCUCAGUGCCAUCACUUAACAUAAGAUGGUAUCAGUUUUUCCUGGAGCGUCCCUUUAAAUCUAGGGUGUAGAAUCUGUCCUCCUGUGGAGAUUUGCACCAGUUUUUCUCUAUUUUAGUUUAUAUUUUUUUAGGGCUCAUGCACACAACCAUAUGUAUUUUGCGGUAUGCCAAAAAAAGAUGACAUCAGUUUUGCAUCAGGGUUUUUCUUUUUUCUUUUUUUUGACAUGCGGACCCGGAAUGCACUGAGUAAUUUCUGUUUUUGUUCAAGUGCCAUUUGAAAUGAAUGGUUCCGUAUACGGGCCUUUAAAAAAAGGAACAGAAACAGAAGAAAUACAUUUGUGUGCAUGAGCCCUUAGAAACGUCUGGGUGACAACCCCCUGGCAUUUUCUGCCACUCAAGUUUUUAUUUACAGGAUUUUCAAUUGGAAAUGUUCUGUAAAGUUUUCUCAUGCUAGGUUAAAACUUAUUUUUUUAAGUUUUUUGUGUGAGAUUUGGAAGAGUCCUGUACAUUUUAAUACUGUUUUUAUCCCGUUGCUGUUGUGACACUUUUACUUGUGUGUGUAUAUAUACAUUUUACCUACCAGUUGUAAAGUUUUUUUUUAAUCUUCUGCCGUUUUAUUCUUGCACAUUGAUAAUUUGUAAUUU